AUGGGCCCCGAAACCGCCUCCCGACCGGGCGCGAGCCCCAAUGGUGCGCCGCCGCCCGGCGACACCACCGCAGCUGCCGCCGCGACGACCAUGACAGUACCCACGCCGACCAUGGCCACCACUGCUGCGCCGCCAUCCGCACCCCAGCCGCAGUCGGCCAACAAGCAGGACCCGCGCCCGCAGCCGCAGCAACAGCAGCGGCCCGCCGCCAUGGAGCCCAACGUGCUGAACGUCGUGCUGGGCGACCUGCUCGUCAAGCCUUGGUACCCGUCCUUCUACCCGGAGGAGCUGGUCGGCCGCCGCGUCGAGCGCCUGUACGUGUGCCAGUGGUGCUUCAAGUACUCGAAGGAGCUGAUCCCCUUCCUCGGCCACACGAAGGUCUGCAGCCUCAAGGACGCCCCACCGCCGGGCACCAGAAUCUACGCCAAGGACUGCUACUCGAUACACGAGGUCGACGGCGAGGAGCACAAGCUCUACUCGCAGAAUCUGUCCCUCUUCGGGAAGCUGUUCCUCGACACCAAGUCCGUCUUUUACGAUGUCACCACCUUUCUGUACUACUUGCUCGUCAACACCAACCCCAUGACCGGAUCGCGCCAGGUCAUUGGCUUCUUCAGCAAAGAGAAGAUGAGCUGGGACAACAAUAAUUUGGCCUGCAUUCUGGUUUUCCCGCCGUGGCAGAGGCAAGGUCUGGGGCAGAUGUUGAUGGGCGUGAGCUACGAAUUGAGCCGGCGAGAAGGACGCAUUGGCGGUCCGGAAAAGCCCCUUUCGGAGCUUGGCCGUCGUGGCUACACGGCGUACUGGUCCGCUACAAUCGCAAGGUACAUCUUGUCCGUUCCGAUGAAGCGCAACGUCACGUUGCGCGAUGUCAGCGCCGCAACGUACAUCCUGCUAGAGGAUAUCGUUACCACGCUCAAGGAGAUGAAGGUGUUGGAACAUCGACCGAACACUAACAAAAAGUCCAAUUCUGCCCCUGACGAAGUUCCUGUUCUCAACAAGGCCAAGGUGCGGAGAUGGGCGCUUGAAAAUGGCGUCGGCCUGGUGCCGCCUGUCGACGCAAAUGCGUUAACCGUGGAGUGGACGGCGCGGGACAGGAGGGAGGAUGCUGGAGGUGACUAG